AUGACCCUCGAACUGACGGAAGCAGAAAUUGACCGCUAUGUUAAGAUAUGGACGGAAGUACUGGAGAAUCUACCACCAACCAAUGUAAACGAUCUCUACAAAGAUCAUAAGGACAUUGUGGAAGCUUUAGGGGACAAUACUGGACAGAUCUUUGAUGCACAUGAGCAUCUUGGGAUUCCAGGUAAGCUUUUCUUUGAUUUUUUAAGUUUAGUUAACAGCAAAAAGUGGCAGAACACUAUGGCAUUGUAAGUAUAGUAAGAUCAAGGCGUGGGUGCAAAAAACUGGAGAUAAGCUGAUUUUAGGUAACAAUUUUAGACUUAUCAACUUAACAGUUUUUUACAUAAAAUUAAAAUGAUGAGUUUAGAACGAUCGGAGGCCAUCAAAAACCUUCCAAAAUGGCUUGAUGAAUAUGAAGUAGAACACUCUAAUGUAGAGGUGAAGGAAGCAGAAUUCGGGUAUGGCUUGUUUGCCACAAAGGACAUCGCCUUACAUGAACCAGCCGUGAAAGUGCCACGGAAGGCUACAAUAUCCUUAGAGUAUGGAGAAGAAAAGACAGUCAUACGGUAAGAAAUUUACAUUUUCAGACACUAUAAUACACUAAUUAUGUUGAUCAAUGUUAUAUCUUUCUAAAAAAUUAACUGAAUUCACAUAUUUCACAAACAUAAUAUAAAUUAUCUUAUUUCAGAAAAAUGCACAAAAACGAUGACAUUUUGAAGAGCAUGCCCAACGUUACCGUAGCUAUUAUUUUGGCCGAAGUAUUGUUAUCAAAAGACAAAAGGUUCUUACCAUAUGCCAGAGCACUACCGUCGGUUCACGAUACUCUAAUUUUUAUGACAACUGAUCAGCUAUUACAACUGAAGCCGUCACCCACGUUUGAAGCCGCACUUUUGAUGUAUCGAUCGGUGGCACGACAUUAUGUGUACUUCCUCCUGCGGAUAGUACGAGAUUCUGUUUUUGAUGAGGUAUGUUGCACACAAUUUUCAAAUUUUUAUUUUUAAGAUGUUUUAGUUUAUAUUUUUUAAUUUAGAAAAGCAAGUUUGUAUUCAAAAACUGUGCACUGAACUCUGAAAAGUUUACUUUCAACUUUUACAAAUGGUGCGUGUCAAACAGUUCGACAAGAAUGAACGGUGUGCCUAGAAGGCAAGGCACGUUACAGAAUCAACGUCCUGUAAGUUAAGCUUUUGGACGGUCGCAUGUGAUACUAGUUUCAUUUUUAUGAGUUACUGGUUAUGAAAGUUCAAACAUAGUACUUUUGAUUAUUUUACUGAUUGGUCGAAAAGACUGAUGGCCAUUUAUAAAAUAUACGUACUUUUGCAUUAAAAUAAAAAUUCUUAUUUAACGAAUACUUUUAGUUACCAACCCUGGUUCCACUCAUCGACUUCUGUAAUUUUAUGCAAGAAGAUGAGAACAAUGUGUCCCAGUAUUACGAUUUUGAUACCCGUACAGUGCAACUGAGGGCUAAUAGAGACAUCAAAGCGGGCGAAGAGCUAACCUUAUAUUAUGGUCACCGCUCCAACUCUGAAUUCCUACUUCACAAUGGACUUGUACCUUCGACACAUAAUCCUCACAAUUACUACGAGUUAAAGACGGGUAGGUUUUUGCUUUUUAAUUGUUGUCUGAUAGUUGAUAUUUUUAAUUACUUUACAAUGAAAUUUUGAUUACUUAAUAAUUGUAUUGUGCAUGCUGUCUGUUAUCAUAUACAUUUUUUUCAGGAUUCCCAAUCAACAAAUUCGUCGAGGAGAAGUGUAGCUACUUGCAAUCUAUGAACAUGUUGCCAGAACGCGGUGUAUAUCAUUUCAAGUUGCGUCGUUCCCAACUUGAAUAUAGAGAGCCAAUUGAUUACUCCAGAUUACCCAUCUUCACCUUUUGCAAAGUGUUUGUCAUCGACGAGCUUCAGAAGGUAGAUGAAAGGGAAACAAAAGAAAAAGCCAGGAAAUUCCUCGUUCAAAGACUUCAACUCUACAAAGCCACGUAUGGUGAACUCAAAGAACCCGGUGAUGGCAGUCGGUUCGAUCGUUAUGUUUAUGAAAUCAAGAAGGAUGAAGUCGACCUACUCAACAAGUUCAUACAGAAAUACGAAGAACUUACAUUCAGCUAA